CUACUGGUAGUAGCCCUUGCAUUGAGCCACAAAGCUAAGGGACAGCAGCCAACCCCCAAGCCCCCCUUUACAGGCACCAGAGAAGGAAAAAGGAGCCAAAGAAUUAAAGGCACAGAGCAAGAAACUACAUGGGUCAAGCCACUGUCAUCUUUUCUUGCUGCUAUUCUGUUCCCUAUUGUUGGUUAAUAUUAAAAUAGCAAUAUAGGUUUUGUUUUUCCAGACUCUAGCAAAUUAGGUCAAUAAAACCAAGACUUUCUGUUACAACAUUCUGAUAUAAAACAAAAUGCACAAUAUUUUAAGAGUUUUCCAGGGCUUUUUGCUUAACUACAAAAUAAUCAAGUCUGUUAAGUUAUAUGAGUUUGCCUCACAUAAUAACGCUGCAUAAACACUGUUCUAAGUUUCUUGGUGUAUUGGCAAGUUUUUCACUGCCAAUAUAAAUUUGUUUCACCACCAAAGAGAAAUGUUUCAAACUGUGUACUUUCAUUCUUGGUCACAGCUGGAAUUUGAAGAUUGAUCCAAGGACUGUAUUAAUUUCAGGAAUUGAUUUGAAAGACACUGGCUCUGCCACUUAACAGCCAUGUAACCUUGGAUAUGGAAGAAAGCAGCAGUGUAGCCAUGUUGGUGCCAGAUAUUGGAGAACAGGAAGCCAUAUUGACUGCCGAAGGUGUCAUCAGUCCUUCAUUGGAAGUUGAUGAACCCAGAAAAACCAAAGCAGAUCCCUUAAUCCAUGUGAUUCAGAAGUUAAGCCGGAUAGUGGAGCAUGAAAAGUCACAAAAAUGUCUUCUAAUUGGGAAAAAGCGCUCACGAUCAAGUGUGACAACCCAUCCCCGGGAAAACCCAGAAGUUUGUGAGAUUCCAGCUAAAGUAACCCAUUUGCCCGCUGCUGCUAUUAGAAAGGAUGAGAUGAAACAAGCAAGUUCCACCCCUGACUCUCUUGCCCAUGGUGACAGCAAGGCUAUGUCUUACCAGUGUAGCCUUUGUAAGUUUCUGUCAUCAUCAUUUUCUGUGUUAAGAGAGCACAUCAAGCUGCACGGCCAGCAGAAUGAAGUGAUAUUAAUGUGUUCUGAGUGCCAUAUUACAUCAAAAAGCCAAGAGGAACUCGAAGCUCAUGUGGUCAAGGAGCAUGAAAAUGAUGCCAGCAGUCAUACCCCGCCCAAAGUCCAGCAGUGCAGUGCCCCCUCCAACUCCUUCUGUCAGAGGACCACAGAGAGAACCAUUGAAACCGGUGGCGAUGUCCCAGUCAGUGUGGACAGUCCACAGACUCACCCUGGCCAAACCACAUCCUUGGCAGAGGUGGGUGGGAGGAAAUGGUACGCAUAUGAGCAGUAUGGGAUGUAUCGAUGCUUGUUUUGCAGUUACACUUGCGGCCAGCAGAGAAUGUUGAAAACCCAUGCCUGGAAACAUGCAGGAGAAGUUGACUGCUCCUAUCCCAUCUUUGAAAAUGAAAACGAGCCCUUGGGCUUGCUGGAUUCUUCCACAUCGACAGCACCUGGUGGCGUGGACGCAGUGGUCAUUGCCAUAGGGGACAGUGAGCUGAGUAUCCACAAUGGGCCGGCCGUCCAAGUGCAGAUUUGCAGCUCAGAGGCAUUAUCAUCUUCAUCUUUAGACCAGCAUUCAGAAGAAAGGGUACACCUAAGUCGCUCAGUUACCCUGGACCCUACUGAGGAAGAAGCACUUGAGGUGAUGUCUGAUGCUGAGGAGAGCUUGAUCGCCGACAGUCUGCUUUCAUCAGCACAGAAAAUCAUCAGCAGUAGCCCCAAUAAAAAAGGUCACAUGAACGUGAUCGUGGAACGUUUGCCGAGUGCCGAAGAAACUCUUUCACAAAAACCUUUCCUCCUGAAUGCUGAACUAGAUGAGGGCAAAAACCUGAACCCAUCAGAAGGCCAGGCCAGCUGUGCAGGAACCAGUGCCAUCUUCCAUGCUGAUAAAUGCGCUGUUGAUAUUGGAGGGUUGAUCAUUGGCUGGCACAGUCCAGAGAAGAAAGACAGUGAGUUACUAAGUAAAGGACUGGCCCCUGAUGAGAAUGCCCCACCUGGCCGCAGGAGGACAAAUUCUGAGUCUCUCAGGUUGCACUCAUUAGCUGCCGAAGCCCUGGUCACGAUGCCUAUAAGAGCGGCUGAACUAACCAGAGCCAGUCUUAACCACUAUGGGGAUAUAAACCUGUUAGAUCCAGAUACAGGGCAGAGGCAAGCUGAUAGGCCAUUGGCAGCAUAUUCCAAAAUGAUGUCACCUCUUAAAAACACUUCAGAAGGAUUGACUAGCUUCAGCCAAAGCAACUCUACCCUGCUGGCACUCCCAGAGGGUGGACAGGAAUUAACAGAUGGCCAAGUCAAGACCGGCAUCAGCAUGUCCCUACUCACUGUCAUUGAAAAGCUGAGAGAAAGGACAGACCAAAACGCUUCAGACGACGACAUUUUGAAGGAGCUGCAGGACAAUGCCCAGUGCCAACCCAACAGUGACACAAGUCUGUUGGGAGCCAGUGUGGUGGAAUACAUCCCUGAGGCUGAGCGACCCUACCGCUGUCGCUUGUGUCACUACACAAGCGGUAAUAAGGGUUACAUCAAGCAACACCUGCGUGUCCAUCGGCAGAGGCAGCCCUACCAGUGUCCCAUCUGUGAGCACAUAGCCAAUAACAGCAAAGACUUGGAGAGUCACAUGAUCAACCAUUGUAAGACAAGAAUCUACCAGUGUAAACAAUGUGAAGAGUCCUUUCAUUACAAGAGUCAACUGAGGAAUCACGAAAGAGAGCAGCACAGCCUUCCGGACACCUUGUCAAUAGCAUCUUCUAAUGAGCCACGAAUUGCCAGUGAUGCUGCCGAUGGAAAAUGUGUUCAGGAAGGGAAUAAGUCGUCGGCCCAGAAACAGUAUAGAUGUGACGUGUGCGAUUACACAAGCACAACAUAUGUUGGUGUCCGAAACCACAGACGGAUUCAUAACUCUGAUAAGCCGUACAGGUGUUCUUUGUGUGGUUACGUGUGCAGCCAUCCUCCUUCCUUGAAGUCACACAUGUGGAAGCAUGCCAGUGACCAAAAUUACAACUACGAGCAAGUAAACAAGGCCAUUAAUGAUGCGAUUUCACAAAGUGGCAGAGUUCUGGGGAAAUCUCCUGAGAAAACUCGGUUGACCACGGAAGGAAAAGCUGAUCCAGUCACUGGAAGAUCAGAAAUUUUGGUGUCCGCCUCAGAACUGAUGUCUCAGGCGCCCAGUGAAGGUGUGGAUUCCAACGAGGGUGAGAAAGUGAGCCCUCCCAGUAAUGCAUCGUACAGUUUAGAAAAGACCUCCAGCCUGGCCCCUCCUGGUAUGGAGUACUGUGUUUUACUCUUCUGUUGUUGCAUUUGCGGUUUUGAAUCAACCAGCAAAGAAAAUCUGUUGGAUCAUAUGAAAGAACAUGAGGGUGAGAUUGUCAACAUCAUUCUCAAUAAGGACCAGCAUGCUGCCAUAAGCACAGACUAGCUGGAAGAAUACCUGGAAGAGACUGCUUUAACCACAGAUGACUAACCUACUAGACAAAGAGGUGGUAGGCCUGGUGUGGCUUUGGAACCAAACUUGUCGUAAGAUGAAUUCCAAAUCGAUAAGCAGUAAUGAUAUUUAAGUUAUCUUGAGUGUGGGGAAGCAAACAUAUAAUCCUAUAUUAACUUUCUGUCGCCCUUCUUAGUGUGGAGUAUGUUUGUUAUUGCAGCUUAUUCUAGUUUAGAGAUACAGGCAGAAAGGCAGUGCAGAAAGGUCUUUCAGGAGCCCUUCUGAAACUUGCGAUGAAGUUCCACCGUCCUAAGCAGAUCCCAGGAGCUUCGUGUCCACCUGCCAGCUCUAGAGUAAACACGCCUCUGCUGGGGGAGCUCAGGGGGGUUAGGGAGGGCUUCUCCAGUACCAGCAAGGAAAGAUUUGAAGUGAUCUCUUUAAAUUGUUCCCUUACUCUAAGAAAGUAGACAUCUCUAAAUCAAAUUUAAAGCCUAAAUAGACAUUUCUGAAGUCAACUGUCAUCUGAAACUUAGAUGAAUUUCUUAUGGGCAAAGGAAACAAUCUCAAACCAUGUCCCAAAUUCAUAGAGACACCUGUACUUUUCAGAGAUGCUCUUCAGAGUGUUGAAAGAUGAAGGCCCCCUUCUCCCAGUUACUUAGGCUUUUUCCUCCUCUCCUGUAUGAGACUCUCUCAUCAUCUGAGUCUUGGCAUAAGAGUAUGAAAAUGUACAUGACUAUCAGCCCUGGGAAAUAAUUUGAAUUAUCAAGAUAAAAGUUACUUAGAGGGCUAAGCUGAUGACGCACACCUAUAAUCUUAGCACUCAGUAGGCUGAGGUGGGAGGAUUGCAAAUUCAAGACCAGUCUGGACUAUAUAGGUGAGAUCUAGUCUGAAAAAACAAAUGUCACUUGGAGAAUGAGAGAGGAAAUUCAGAAACUUCUUAAAAUUAGUACUGUUACAGAGAUCUUUCCUUACUGGAGUAUAUUAAUUACAUUUAUUUAUAGCGGAAAAGAAAUAUCCAAAUAUUCUUAAGACACUGAAAAUUCAGGUUGUAAAAGUUCUAAUAAGAAACAGCAAGUCAAUAGGAUUUUUUUGAAAGAAGCUCCAUUUGUUUGAUGUAAGAAGACAGGAAUACCCACUAGAUGUGCUUUGCAUAAAAACUUGCCAUCAGGUAAAUAGACAUAAUCAUUUCAUUAGAUAUUUUAUAUUGCGUUUGAUUGAAAAGGUGAAAUACACAGGGUGUUGUAGUUCUGGUCACAUUUUUAUACAUUGUUUCAUCAAAAUAAAUUCUGCCUAGGAGAUAGGAGGCUGGCUGGCGCCCUGUGCAGGGCACCAUCCUCACCAUGCUGUUUCUGAGUAGCAAUUACUAAUGUCUAGAGAUGGGGCUGUGCCUAAAUACACCUAGGCCCUCAAAAUAGAGCUCUGUGAAUGGAAUAUUCUAGAGAUAAGUGUUAGGAAAGAAGUAAAUGAAAAUAUUGUCUUAAAAGCAGUAAGAACUAUAGUAAUUGGGGCUACCUUUGAAACAUUUUCUGAUUAGUUUCCUUUGUAAUCUUAUUUUGGUGAUGGGAUUUAAACAAAUAGAACUAAUUCUGUACCCCUUUGAUAAAGCUUUAGUUUAUUUGUGGAACUCAAUCCAUUACUGAGACAUGGUUUUGGAAAAGAUAAAAUGAAUUAUAAUUAUAUAUGUAAUUAUACAUAUAUAUGUAAUAUAUAUAUAAUUUCUCAAAUCCACAAUACAUGGAAUUUUAUAUUAAGUUUUCUCCUUUUCAGAACUGAUUUGAAUUUUAAAUUCAAAUAAAAAAGUUCCAUUUCUCAUGCCCAUUACCACCCAUCUGUAGACAGUUUCUCACUGCUAUUAACUCAGACCCCUUAUUCCUUUCUAAUGACCUUCCAAGAAUUGGCAUGGGCUUUAAUUUUAUAUAAUCAUCUGGAAAAUAAUAAACAGAAAGAUCCCCCAAAAUUUCAAGUGUUACUUCUAGAAUUACUUCUCUCUAUUCUCUGAAACCACUUCCUAUUGGUUAUUACUUCAACUUGCCAUCCGCAAUCAUGAAUUUAAAGUUUCUCUUCCCCAUGGGAAAACAUUUACCCAGAAGUUCAAAGCCUUUAAACAGGGAUGUGACUUUGAAAGUGGUCCUCCUGGCCCAAAGGAGGUGCCUUAAGGGAAUAGCCACAGGAGAAUACCAUAUCUACACACAGUAUCCAAAGAAGAGUAUCAUAUCCAUACGUAAUGUCCACAGGAUAUUCUGGUAUUGCCAUUCAAGUUCUGAGGCAAACCUUCCAUGUGCUUCUACCAAGAAGGAUUGAGUUUUCUCAAAGUAGUAAGGAAAAUGAAAUGUGCAGUUGUAAUUGCAUAAAAGAUAACAUUCAUCACCAGGAACCCAUUUACAGGAAUAACACUUUAUCGCUGUCAGCUUUUGUUAUCUACCAAGCUGGUGCUGUUUGUUUGCUGCUCUGAUAAGCUUUGAUGGUGAACAUUGAUUUUUGAAAGAAAAUGAUUAGAGUAGGGCACCAGUGGCUUAUGUCAAUACUCCUAGCUACUCAGGAGGUUGGGAUCUGAAGAUCAUAGUUCAAAGCCAGCCCAGGCAA